AAGAAAUCAGGUGAAAAAAGAUUCAUUAAAGCAAAAGCAAUUUGCUUCAUUCCCUUUUCUAUUUCAAAGCAAAUGGGCACAGAAGGGUCUCCUCAUGAACCUCUUCUUCUGCCCAAUAAACAAGACCAUACACCCUUCUCUUACAUCUGUGGAACAUCUUUUUUACUAAAAUCUACCAAAUGGGUUCUCAAAUUUGCAAUGUGGUUCAUUUUCAUUUCAUGGGCUACUUUCUUGUUCUUAGUUCCAUCAGACUCUGUCAAUCAAUUGUCUUCCAAAUUGGUUCAUGCUACUUCUGGUACUCUGUUUGCGGUCACAGGAAGCAUCUUUCUCAUAUACAGUGGUCCAGUACUUAUGAUUGCGUUUCUUGCUAUAAUUUACCUCAGGAUAUCUGGGGAAGAAGAGAUUCAAGAGAAAAAGAAAAAAUCUGCAAGUUUUCGGUUAUGGACAUUCCCGAUCCUCAUCGAUGGACCUUUUGGGGUUGUUACUGCAGCCGAGUUGAUCGGAAUUCUGUUGUUUUCUGUGUAUAUCAUUUGGGCUGUUACAGUUUAUACCAUUAAGAACAUCAGUCUGUUGUCCUUAUUUGAGAUCACUGAUGCUGGCAAAAGGAAUCUUUUGUUGCUAGAACUAACAGGACUACGGUUCGGGUAUAUUGGAUUGAUCUGUAUGGCAUUUUUGUUUCUGCCCGUUGCAAGGGGAUCCGUUCUUCUACGACUUAUAGAUAUCCCUUUUGAGCAUGCAACUCGGUAUCAUGUAUGGUUGGGGCAUCUUACCAUGAUGCUCUUCACUCUUCAUGGUCUCUUUUAUGUGAUCGCGUGGGCAAUAGAAGGUCGUUUGAUACAGGAACUUACAGCUUGGAAAAAAGUUGGUAUUGCUAAUCUUCCUGGAGUUAUCAGCCUCGUAGCAGGUCUCUUGAUGUGGGUGACAUCACUUCCGCCUGUUAGAAGGAUAAACUUUGAACUAUUCUUCUACACUCAUCAACUAUACGUUGUUUUUGUUGUCUUCUUGGCAAUGCACGUUGGAGAUUUCGUUUUCAGUAUAGCUGCUGCCGGAAUAUUUCUCUUCAUGCUCGACCGCUUUCUUAGAUUCUUUCAGUCACGAAAGACUGUCGACAUACUCUCGGCUAAAUGCCUUCCAUCCGGGACUGUCGAACUCGUUAUUUCAAAACCACAAGGUUUGCAAUACAAUGCCCUUGGUUGGGUUUUCGUUCAAAUUCGAGAAUUAUCGUGGCUACAGUGGCAUCCUUUUAGUGUCUCAUCUAGUCCUCUAGAUGGUAGCAACCAUCUUGCUAUUCUCAUAAAAGUCCUUGGAGAUUGGACAGAGAAACUAAGGGGACAUAUCUCAAGUGUUCCCGAGGGUGAAACCGAUCGUCUGCUGCAGUCAAAUUUCACGCUGAAGGCGUCCGUUGAGGGGCCUUACGGGCAUGAGUCGCCAUACCACUUGACGUAUGAAAACCUUAUUCUAGUCGCGGGUGGCAUCGGGAUUUCACCGUUCUUGGCUAUCUUGAGCGACAUUCUUCACCGUAUCCAGGAGUCUAAACCAUGUCUGCCUAGAAAUGUACUAAUAGUUUGGGCAGUCAAAAAGUCUGAUGAGCUUCCACUUCUCCAAUCACUUGACUUGAACUCACUCUGCCCAUACUUCUACAAUACACUAAACCUUGAGAUUCAAACGUAUGUUACUCGAGAAUCGGAUCCCCCACUGGAAGAGGGUAAAAUACCCAAAUAUGAGAGCACUAGUGUGUUUCCUGCUCCCAGCCAUGGUGGCAUGUCUAGUUUGGUUGGAACUGGAAAUAUCAUCUGGUCUGGAGCUUAUGUGGUGUUAUCUACAAUUGGUUUGGUAGUUUCCGUGGCUCUGUUAGACAUCUUUUACAUCAAUCCUUACAACAUAAUGGAUUGGUGGUACAAAGGACUCCUAUUUAUCAUAUGCAUGGCUGCAAGUGUUGUUCUCUUUGGAGGCUUCGUGAUCGGUCUAUGGCAUCUUUGGGAUACAAAAGCUUCAGUCCACAAGAACUCCGAGGGCCAAAAGUAUCUUGGUGGCUUGCAGAACGACGAGGCUAAUGUUUACAAGAACGCUUCACGGGAAGAUUUCGUCAAUAUCAUUAAAUAUGGACAAAGACCAGACUUCAAAGAAAUCUUUGGAAGCAUGGCAGAGCGAUGGGGGAACGUGGAUAUUGGGGUGAUGGUCUGUGGGCCAACCGCACUUCAGACAAGCAUCGCUAAAGAGUGCAGAUCGAAGAGUUUCGGAAGGAUGAGCAAUGAGCCCAUCUUCCAUUUCAACAGCCACACUUUCGAUCUGUAGGUACUAUGAACAAAAUGCUUGCUACAGAAAAUAUAUGUAUGUAUGUAUGUAUGUGAUGCAUAUAUAUGGCUUAAUUUGGGUGCAGAAAUGACCAAAUUUGAGAGCAAUAAUGUACAAAUUGAGAUACAAACUUGUAAGAUUAUUACUCUCAAAUUGGUCUGUUAUGUGGAUAUGAAAGGGAGAUAGUAGCAUCUUAGAAGGAAUAGGAUCCAUAAAUGGUGGUAAGGUGCUUCUUCUUUAGCCAUUUAUAAUGUAAAUGCUGAUGCAAAUAUAUGAAUAUAGUAUAUAUUUUCCUUUUUACCUC